AUGUUAACAGAGAAAGUCCUAAAUGAAGAUGUCUUCCAUAUCGAGGAGAGUAGCCCUGAACGCCACGCCUUCAACCCCGCUGAUGUGAAGGGCCGCGACUUCACGGUGGCGGCGGAGGAAAUGCCACAUGGCUACUUGACAAGCUUCCGAUUUGUGGGUGCAAUUCUAGUAAUAGGUGUAGCAAUGGCUUGCGGUCAGGGAGGCUUCUCUCUCAUCGCUCCUGUGCUUCCUCAAAUCAACCAAGACAUUGGGCCCGACAGCGGUCUGACCUGGGUCGCACUCUGCUACCUCCUCAUAACCUCCAUCGGUCUCCUUAUCGUGGGCCGAGUAACGGAUUAUCUUCGGUCAGCGAUGGUGGUUCAUCUCAGCAAGUGCCAUCGUCGUGUGCGCAACCGCGCCGAAUGCCCUAGCUUUGAUUGCCGGACUGAUAGAAUUGAAGUCGUCGUUGGCGAGCUUGUGCCCAUUAGAUACCGCUUUGCAGCGAUUGCAGUCGUGUUCAUCUUCAUCAUUCCUGUCUCUGCAGUAGGCCCGGCAGUGAGCUACGCCUUCAUAUUCAACACUAAAGCGGGCUGGAGAGGAAUCUUCUACAUACUUAUUGCACUUAAUAAAUUGUCGACUAUCCUCUUCUACGUUUUCUACCAUCCGCCUUCGUUCGCAAUGAAACACGAUACUGCUCGGAAGUGGGAAUUCGUCAAGAACUUCGAUUAUAUCGGUAUGGUGCUUGCAAUAUCCGCACUUCUGCUACUCCUCAUGGGCCUUUCCUGGGGAGGAGUUUUGCAUCCGUGGAAGUCUGCGCAUGUCAUCUCGACUAUCGUCAUUGGGUUCUUCCUUUUGGUUGCUUUCUUCGUGUAUGAGGCUUACGCAGAUCUGAAAGAGCCUCUGGUUCCACUAAGUCUGUACAGGAACCGCGGAUGGGUCGCCACCACGCUUCUCUGGGGGACAGGCUCUGCGCUGCACUACGCUAACGCAAUCUUGUGGCCUGCUAUGGUUUCAGUGUUGUAUGCACCAGGUCAUGGCUGGGUCCGCAAUGGGUUCCUCGCCAGCGUUCCAGGUGCAGCAAUCGUCCUCGGAGAGUUCACCAGCCCCUUGUUCAAGAAAUACACCAAUGUCCAAUUACGAAUCCUAUUCCCUAUUGUUGGCGUUCUGUUAGCAUGCGUGGCGACCAGUAACCCCGACUCUGUUGUACGAUCCACGAUCAUAAUCUUCCUAGCGUCGUACUUCAUCGGGUGGUGCGAGAUGAUCAAUUCUACUGUCUCAACUAUUAGUAUCGAUUAUCAGCGUGAGAUUAGGACAGCAGUAGGAACCGGCGGGGCGACUCGUCAACUCUUCUCGGUCAUUGGAGUACCUCCAGCGCUCCUUAAGGCCGGACUACCAGCCUCAUCCAUUCCUGCUUUCAUCCUGGCCGUUAGCGUAGACCCCAGUGCCAAUUUCAGAUCGAUAUCUGGCGCUACGCCGGCUAUCGCACGAGCUGGCGCUCGAGCGUAUCAAGAGGCUAGCGCUGCGGCGUAUGGCACUGUCUUCUUGACUACGAUAUCGUUGAGCGUAGUCUCGAUGAUUAUCACGAUCUGGGCACCGAAUGUCAAUCAGCUUCUCACGAGGAAUGUGAACGUUCCUAUUCCCGGGAGGAAUUCAGACAAGGUUGUCGGUGUGCGUACCGACAUCGAGGCGGUGGAGCAGAAGGUUUGA